GCUGAGUCUUCUGCUCGAUUAUCAACCUAAGCGUCUUGGUCAAUCGAUCGUUGUUUUCUAUUUUCACCCAUUGUCUCUUAAGGUUCUCAAGAACUCUCGCCUCAGCGGCGGAGGCAAGUACAGUCACCAUGUCCGUGCCCGAAACGCCCUUACCUCAGCUCCUGCUUGCUCACCCGAGUCGAUGGCGUGCACAGAAGACUGUGGUGAAUGCUCUUUUCCCGGAGGGCAAGGAGCACCAAAGGCUUGAAGGGGUAUCGGGGGUGCAUGGAGCUGAGAAAACACUUGUAUUUCCAGAUGCAAACGAUACGUUCCACUACCACUUCUUCAAUACCGACUUGCCUUUGCCUCACGCCGGUACCUCUUCCCCUCACCAUCCGAUUCUUGCUUUGCUUCCCUCAAGCGCAUCAUCCAGCAAUGAAAAAUCCACAAAACAAGUUAUCGUCCCUCCUUCGCCUCUCUCAGCUGAUGUCGAACGCGCAUAUACCCCGAUUUUCUCGCCAAGCGCGUUCUUUGCUGCUUUAGACGUCUUCAGGACCGGCCGGCAAGAGAAACGAGAGGAGAACUGGGCGCUAGGAGAUGUGCUGUUCUACAGCGAGGUGGUGACAAGUACACAGACCAUGCUAGACAAAAACCACAUCCUCCUCGGGUCCCUCCCCACACCCCUCGUCUCCUUCGCAAGCACCCAGCUUACAGGUCGCGGCCGCGGCUCGAACGUAUGGCAGAACAUCCUCCCGGGCUCGUGCAUGCAGAUGAGCACGCUGAUCAAGGUUGGCAUGCGGAUGCCGCCGGGAUCGUCUGUUCAGCCCAAGAUUCAGCCCGCAAUCAGGUCGCAUAAUCUCGUCUUUGCCCAGUAUCUGUUUGGGAUUGCGGUCGUGCAGGCGUGCAAGGCGCUGAACCCGAGCACGAACGCGGUGCAGUGGGCGGAUAGGGUGAAGUUGAAGUGGCCCAACGAUGUUUAUGGGCGGUUCCCCGUGCGCGGAGAAGAUGGGAAGACGACUGUCGAGCUCAAGAAGCUCGGCGGCAUCCUAACGAACUCUGUGUUUGGCAAUGGUACUAUCGAUAUCAUCAUCGGCUGCGGCUUCAACAUCACAACGACCUCACCGUGGGCCUCGCUCUCUGAGCUCAUCGCAGCCUGCUCGGCAGAGGCAUGCGUACCCGUACCCGACGGCGCCGUCCCGACUGUCGAGCGCACUGCUGCGGCCAUACUCGCCGCGUUUGACAGUCUUUGGACCAACUUUGCAGAAAUAGACAGCUUUGACGGCUUUCUCGACGUAUACCAUCAAUCAUGGCUGCAUACGGGCCAGAAGAUCACCCUCACUACGACGGAACCCCAUGAAGAGGUCACGAUUGUGGGUCUAACACCAGACUAUGGGCUUCUUCGGGCGAAGAGCAAUCGUACGGGAGAGGAGUUUGCUUUGCAACCUGAUGGGAAUAGCCUCGAUAUGAUGAAGGGGCUUAUCAAGGCGAAGAAGUAAGGGGCGCGGAUAGAGGGUGGUCACGGUAUAGUGUACUUGGCUGCUGGCCAGCUAGAAGACGCUAACAUCUACCAGGAUUAUUCGAGAACAAGUGAACUGUAUGUGUACUUUUAGCGCGAGUACAUUCGUAGGCGCUGCCGCCCAACGUUAUUGUGUUUAUGGCCUUAUAAAUGCU